AUGAGUUACUAUGAUAUAUUAAAUAAGCAAAAUUUAACAUUGCCAGAGUUUGAUACAUUUGAAUCUGUUCCAUCUACACCUUUAAUGAUUGAAGAUGAUUUAGAAGAGUCAGAUGACAGUGAGGGUGAAUUUUGUGAAAUAGAUAAUGACAAUAAUGUUUAUUUUAACAAAAAUAACAAAGACAAGUUUUUAAAUUUAUUUGAAUUGGCAAGAGAUGUGGAAAAUUUGGAAAAAAUUGCAGAUGAUGAAAGUAUAUAUGAUGAAGAUGAUGAUUUCAUAAUUAACAGUUUAUUUAUGUCAGACUCAUUGAAAUUGUUAUUGAAUGCUAAAUCAGAUAAAAAAUCACAAUCUAAUAAUGAUUUGAAUACAUAUCCAGAUAUAUCUAAAAAUUCCAAAGAGAGUGAAUUAUGA